AUGGUGGUCGUCCCCAAGAUUGCCAUUUUGGCCUCGCUUGCCAGCCUCAUUGUCGCGUCCCCCGUCGACACUACCAUCGGCAAGCUUGCCCUCUUCCACAAGCUCAAGGCUAUCCCCUCGCAGUGGCAGGAACGCGGCCAGGCCAACAAGGAUGCUACCAUCAAGGCCCAGAUCGGUCUGAAGCAGAGUAACAUUGACGGUCUCCAGGCCAAGCUCCUCGAUGUUGCCAACCCCGAGAGCCCCAACUACGGCAAGUGGUUGUCCAAGGAAGAGGUUGCCAAGUUCACCGCACCCCCCGAGGGCCACGUCGAUGCUGUCAAGGCCUGGUUGGCCUCUAACGGCAUCCACGAUGUCAACCAGCCCACCAACGACUGGAUCGAGUUCACUGUCCCUGUCUCGACUAUGGAGAAGCUCCUCGGCACCAAGUACAACUGGUACACCCACCAGGACUCCCCCAGCGCCAACGCUAUCCCCCGUACCACCGAGUACAGCGUGCCACAGCACCUCCACGACAAGAUUGGCAUGAUCACUCCUACCACUGCCUUCUACAACCCCGGCAAGGUCAUGGCUGAGGCUGCCACUGCCGACGAGACACACGACAAGCGCGCCACCUGCGACCCUACCAAGGCCGUCACUCCCGCUUGCAUCAACUCUCUCUACAACGUCGACUACACCAGCAAGGGCCAGUCUCUCGUUGCUUCGACUCUUCUUAUUGCCCUUGCUGCCUCGCACUCUGACUACUCUACCUUUGGUCAGAAGUACUCUCCUGGUCUCCAAGACUUCAAAGAUGUUUCUGUUUCAGGCGGCUCCAACCCCGGCUCUGGAGACCAGAACACUCUGCUUGAGGGCAACCUCGACACCCAGUACAUUGGUGGCGUUGCCAACCCCAACCCCAGCCAGCUUCUCGCUGUUGGCCCCGAGUCCAACUCUGGCUUCACUGACGAGAUUGCCAAUCUUGCUAGCUACCUGACCUCUUCCUCAAACCCCCCUACUGCUGUUUCCACCUCUUACGAUGGUGAGGAGCAGAACUUUGACGGCAGCUACAUGGACCGCGUCUGCAACGAGUUCAUGAAGGCCGGUGCUCAGGGUAUUUCCGUCUUCUUCUCUACCGGUGACUUUGGUGUCGGUGGUAUCGGCGAGCAGAGCUGCAACCAGGGCUUCUACGCCAACUGGCCCCCCAACUGCCCCUGGGUCACCUCCAUUGGUGGUACCCAGUACGACUCCAGUGGCAACGAGGUUGUUGCUGACUUCUCUCCUUCCAUUACCUCCCCCGGCGGUGGCUACUCUUGGCACUUUGAUGCUCCCGACUACCAGAAGAACGACACCACCGCCUUUGCCAACUCCCUCCAGGGUCAGGGCUACGACGGCUACUUCAACCCCUCUGGACGUGGAUACCCCGAUAUCUCUCUCGUCUCCAAGAACUACCUCGUCUACGUUAACAACCAGCUCCUCUACGCCCGUGGUACUUCUGCUUCUGCCCCCGCCUGGGCUGCCCUUACCUCUGUCCUGAACGACUACCGCAAGUCCAAGGGCCAGGGCAACCUUGGCUUCAUCAACCCUCUUCUCUAUGGCAAGGGCCGCUCUGCUGUCCGUGAUGUCACCAGCGGAAACAACCCCGGCUGUGGCACCAACGGUUUCUACGCUACCCAGGGCUGGGAUGCCGCCUCUGGUCUCGGAUCUUUUGACUUUGCCAAGCUCCGUGCUUUGCUUUAA